ACUAAUCCACUCAUGAAUUAGGUGGAAGUGUGUGUGUUCCCCAAGCCUCGGCGGCAAGAGACCUCCGUGCACCGUCAAAACCUUGCUCCCCAAGGCAUUUAUGUUAUUAUUUUAUUUUGAAUCGAAGCCAGGGCGCUUGGACCGCGUGGCUUUAUACAGCGCGAGGUUUUCGAGCCGUUUCAAGAACCAGCAGGGAAUUAAUUGGAAGCCGGGGACAAGAGAGAGGGUUAACAACCGCGAUGAGCUUCUUGGCCGGGAGAUUGGCGGCAACCGAGGGCGCUUAUUUCCUUCAAGAAUCCAAGCACGCCGUCGGACGCCUCGCCCAGAAGCACCCCCCACCCACGCCUUCCUCGUCCUCCACCGCUGUCGCCGCGGCCGCCGCGCCCAAGAACGAGGAGGCGGCCGAUAUCCUCCCGGAGAUCCUCCGCCACUCCAUCCCCCUCAAGGGAGCGGCGGUCGAGGCCGACCCAUCCCUCUCCACCGCCUCCAAAUGGCUCCUCCAGCACUCCUCUUCUCGUUCUCUUUCCUCCGCUUCCCCGGAUGCUCUCAACCCUCUCCGCGCUUACGUUUCUCUCCCUCAGGCCACCUUCGGCCCCAAAAGAUGGCAGCUGCCCAAUGAGCACCUCAAAUUUUCGGCAUCUACAGCAAAUGAGCUACGGCAUGAUAGGUACCCACCUAUGGACCCUGAGAAAUUGAAGGCUGCGGUAGCAGGGUAUUCCCAAAUUGGGAAGGCAUUUGUUGUUGCUACAAUGAUGGUCUUUGGAGGUGCAACAGUUGUGUUUCUACUCACAGCUCAUAAGCUACAGCUGCAUAGCACUGAUGACAUCAGAACUAAAGGAAGAGACCUCAUCCAACCAGGUGCUGAUAUCAUGAGAGAGCAAAUGGUUCCACUACGAAAUUGGGCUGAGAACAUGUCAAGAAAAUGGCAUAUAGAAGACGGAAAAGCUAAAGAGAAAUCUUUUAUCAAAGAGAUUUCCAAAACACUUGGUGCCAGGACAUCUGACUGAUGUGCCCUGUUAUAUCAUUCCAGAAAGAUUAUGUAUGUAACCAAUGCUUGCUUGUGCUUGUAUACAAUAAAAUAAUCCUCUAAAAUCCCAUAUAAACUGAAACAAGUAAGCUUCAUCAAAAUGCUGGCAGACAGGCCACGUAAACUUUGAGAUUCAUUCAUCAUUGCUCAUUGUAAGAGAAGAGUGGAACAACAUCUGCUGUUAAAAGUGUUUGCUAUCUCUCUGUUAAACUUUAUUCAUGAAACUUCCGUAUGGUUGAUAGAUUUUACU